UGAUAGCAACAGCAUCGCCACUCGCGACCGUCAGUGUCUUCUUGCUCGUGCUGGUAGUGUCAGAAAUAUCCUGUCAGGAAUCAAACUUCUAUCACAGACGUCGAAGCAACCUAGCCACAUUUCCAGUACAUUUCAUGCUGCUUAAGAAAGAUGGUUCUUAUCAUUUUGGCUAUGACACAGGCUUUUCUUAUAGAGAGGAACAUCGUUGGCCAACAGGUAUUGUUGAAGGCCAGUUUGGGUAUGAGAACCCACCAGGGAUUCUUAGAGUGACACACUAUACUGCAGGCAGCCAUGGCUACAGAGAAAUUUUAUUAUUUAGUAAAAAUAUUUACUAUUUGAGAAACCUUUCUUUCAGGGCAACAGAAACUCUUCGUUAUUUGGUCCGCACAGACGAGCGCUACCAUUUAACGGGGCCAUUACCAUUCAGCAGGCACAACAAGCCAAUAAAUUAUUUACAUUUGUAAGCAUAUUACUGUUAAUUUAGAG